GGUCAUCCUCUCCCACCUGGGACGCUCCUCCUCCGCCCGUGCUCCGCCAUGGCUCGCCGGUGGCCGCCGCCGGCGGUGGUGCCCGGCCUCCUCCUCCUCCUCUCCGUCGCCGCCUCCUCCGCGGUCGCCAAGACCGACCAGCCUGACGUUGCUGCUCUGAAUGUGAUGUUUGAAAGCAUGAACAAGCCGUCUCAAUUGUCCGGUUGGAAAUCGAGCGGCGGCGAUCCAUGUGGCGACGACGACGAGUGGAAAGGGAUAGAAUGCAGCGAUUCAUCUGUCAUAGAGAUCAACUUGGCGGGGCUUGGAUUAAGCGGCACGCUAGGCUAUCAGCUAUCAAGCUUGAAAUCAGUGACCAAAUUCGACGUCAGCAAGAACAAUUUGAAUGGUGAAAUUCCAUACCAGCUUCCACCAAAUGUGGUUCAGUUAAAUCUUCAAGGCAAUUCCUUCACCGGUGGUGUUCCUUAUUCUAUAUCUCAGAUGACUGAUCUGGAAACACUAAAUCUUGCUAAGAAUCACUUAAGUGGGCAGUUGACAGAUAUGUUUUCACAGCUUCCAAAGCUCUCAACACUGGAUCUGUCAUUCAACCGCUUCUCAGGUAGCCUACCCCCGAGUUUUCAGUACCUCAAGAACCUCAAAAAACUAGAUUUGGAGAGCAACCAAUUCAGUGGCCAUAUAGAUGUUCUGGCCAAACUUUCUCUUGAGGACCUGAAUUUGAAGAACAACAAGUUCACUGGGUGGAUCCCAAGUAAAGUGAAGAACAUUAACAGUUUAGAGACUUCUGGGAACCCUUGGUCAUCUGGGUCUGCUCCUCCUGGCAUGGAGAAGGAGUCCUCAGGAGGAUCAAAUGGAGGGGAUGAUAGUGGAAUCAACGGUUUCGCCAUUGGAGCAAUGGUGAUAGCUGUGCUUCUUGCAGCUCUGAUUCUCUUGUCCGUGUUGAAGAGGAACCAUUCCUCUCAUGCCUCAUCUCAUUACUACAUGGACGAGUCAGGACGUCGAAACUCUUCAGCAAUCGACAUGAAGUCAUUGGAGCAUUCCCCAUCGACGGGCUGCAAGACACCGCCUGCUGUUCCUCGCAAGUCGAUGAGUGACAAUGAGUUUGAGAACAAACUGAAUUAUUCGAGGCGAAGCACUGAUCCCAUCAGCUUGACGAAUCACUCAUCAUCAGACCUGCAAGCAGCUACUGGCAGUUUCAACAGUAGCAGGCAGAUAGGUCACGGCACAACCUGUCGUGUUUUCAAGGCAAAAUAUGCUGAUGGACGGGUGCUGGCUGUAAAGAAGUUUGAUCCAUUGAGCUUCUCAGGAAGCAGUGACUUCAUGGACAUCGUAAACGGCAUUUCGAAGCUGCGGCAUGCUAAUAUUUCUGAACUUGUUGGUUACUGCUCAGAGCCUGGGCACUACAUGCUAGUCUAUGACUACCAGAUGAAUGGAUCCCUGUAUGAGUUCCUGCACUUGUCAGAUGACUACAGCAGGCCUCUGACCUGGGACACUCGGGUUCGGAUAGCGGUCGGUACAGCUCGUGCUCUGGAGUACCUGCAUGAGGUGCGCUCACCUCCAGUGCUUCACAAAAACAUAAAGUCCUCCAACGUCUUGCUUGAUGCUGAUCUGAACCCUCACAUCUCUGACUGUGGCCUUUCAUUCUUCUAUGAGGACACAAGUGAGAACUUGGGACCAGGGUACAGUGCUCCAGAGAGCACAAGGCCGUCUGCUUACACGCCGAAGAGCGACGUCUACAGCUUUGGAGUUAUUAUGCUGGAGCUAUUAACCGGUCGAAAACCUUAUGAUAGCUCCAAGCCAAGAACGGAGCAGUCCUUGGUCAAUUAUGUGAGUCCACAGCUUCAUGACAUCGAUGCCUUGGGAACACUGGCAGAUCCAGCUCUCCGCGGUCUCUAUCCACCAAAGGCGCUCUCCCGCUUCGCCGAUUGCAUCGCUCUGUGUGUUCAGUCUGAUCCAGAGUUCCGGCCGUCCAUGUCGGAGGUGGUGCAGGCGCUCCUCCGCUGCGUGGAGCGCACCGUCAGCAACAGGAGGACGGCCGGAUAUCCGAGCAACUCGCAGCGGAGCGACAACUCGGAUUGGUGAUGGAUGCACUUCGCCGAAUCGCCAACUUUAAGGGUUUAUUCCACAGAUAAUUUAGGAUUGUCUCUGGUUCAAUAAAAUGGGCAAAGUUUUAUUUUUUUAACAUUAACUUAGUUUAUUGAGUUGAGUUAGAGGCGAUACUAAAUUACGAGCAGAAGGACCCACACCUAUCACUAGGUUUAUGCGAAGCAAACUUCCCAUUGCACCAGUCAUUGUACAAAAAAACAAACGGCUUUUGCGUGGGUAAAGAGCCAGAUAUAUCUCUCUUGGAAUUACUAGAAAACAAGAAAAAAUAAUCUAAUUUGGUUAGAGAAGACAAAAGGUAAA